UGCUAAUCAUCUAUUUGAGUACCUACAUUAUAUAGACAGUGAUUUGCAAAAUUGCCAGCGUGUAACCAACCACAGUCAACCGUGCCAGUUUAUUUCGACAAGUAAUGAGAUAAGGUCGUUGCUAUGACUCUCCUUACGGACAACCCCAUCUACGACCUGUUUCUGGUCGUAACCGCCCUCUUGGUCGUAAUUUUCGCCUACUUCCACCGCUCGUACCAGUACUGGAAGAACAGGAACUUCCCCUACCUCGAGCCUACAUUUCCUCUGGGCAACAGCCCGCAUCUCUUCACCAGUACCCUGGGCUUCGCACUGGAUACUGUUAAGUACUACGAUGAGAUGAAGAAAAAAGGAUACAAGUUCGGGGGAAUCUACACCAUAACCUCUCCAGCACUGGUCCUCGUCAACCCAGAUUACGUUAGGGACGUUUUAACAAAGGACUUCCACUACUUCAUAGACCGCGGUCACUACUAUAACGAAAGAGACGACCCCAUAUCGGCCCAUUUGUUCGCCCUGAACGAGAAAACGUGGAAGAACAUGAGGACCAAGCUUACCCCAACGUUCACCUCGGGUAAAAUGAAGAUGAUGUUCCACACCGUCUUGGAGACCAGCAAGUAUAUGACGGACGCCAUCGAAACGUCCGCCCUAGAACGGAAGGACAUCGACAUCAGAGAGUUUCUAUCUUGUUUCACAACAGACGUGAUCGGAUCAUGCGCUUUCGGCAUCGAGUGCAACAGCUUCAAAGGCACCGAAGCCGAAUUCCGGCACAUGGGCCGGGAAAUUUUUGAAGUACGUGGAUUACGUAUACUCAACCUCAUCCUGAUCAGCAAGAUGCCUAGAUUGGCCCUCAAACUAGGAUUAAAAGCGACCAACGACCACGUAUCAAAAUUCUUCUACGAAGCUGUACAGAAAACUGUCAAGUAUCGCGAGGACAACAACUUCACCAGGCCCGAUUUCCUUCAGUUGCUGAUCGACAUCAAAAACCAGACUAAAGGCACAGACAAUCCAUUCACUAUGGACCAGUUGGUAUCUCAGGUAUUCCUGUUCUUCGUCGCAGGAUUCGACACCUCCUCGUCCACCAUGAACUUCGCCCUGUACGAGCUGUGCAAGCACCAGGACGUGCAGGACAGGGUCAGGGAGGAGGUCAACGAGGUGUUGGAGAGGCACGGCGGCCAAUUCACCUACGAGAGCAUCGGGGAACUGAAGUACCUGCAGCAGGUCAUCGACGAGGCCCAGAGGCUGUUCCCGCCACUGGUGGUCCUGACGAGAGUCUGCGUGAAGGACUACAAACUCAGAGACACGGACUUGGUACUGGAAAAGGGCACCCGCGUGGUGAUACCUCUCUACAGCAUCCACAGGGACCCGGAAUAUUAUCCGGAACCGGACAAGUUCGAUCCGGAGCGGUUCAACAACGAGAACAAGAAAUCCAGACACCCGUUCGUCCACUUGCCCUUCGGCGAAGGGCCUAGGAAUUGUAUAGGUCUCCGAUUCGGAUUAAUGCAGUCUAAGAUCGGCCUCGCGACCAUCCUCAGCAAGUUCAGGCUGAGGAUCAGCCCCAAAACGGACAUGCCGCUGCGACUGCACGAGGGAGUUCUCCUGUUGAAGUCAGUAAACAAGCUGUACGUCACAGCCGAGAAGAUAUAAUCAAUAGAAAUUAUUCUUUA